CUCCACCAGCUUCUCUUUUUCUCCCUUCUCUUUCUUCUUUCCCCCUCCAUCCCUCAUCUCCUCGUCUGUUCUCUCUAUAGGUUAUAUCCAACAUGUUCUUCAAGGCCUCUCUCCUCGCACUCGCGGCGUCUCACAUCUUUGGCGCCGUCGCCCAGGACGCCCCUGAUGCCAAUGCCGCUCCCAAGGCUCCCCUCAAGGCCGAGAUCAAGACUACUUUCCCUGAAACCGACAUCCUCGGCGUCAAGCUCGUCAACGGCCGCCCUACCAAGGCUGUCAUUGAGAUCACCAACCAGGAUGCCAACCCCAUCCAGGUCUCCUUUGUCUCUGGCUCUCUGAACACCCUCAAGGAUCUCCCUGAGGACAGCCCCCGCUACGCCAGCAUCGUCCGCAACUUGACGGCUGUUCAGUACAACAUCGAGGUCCCCGCCGGCGAGAAGAAGGAGCUUCCCUUCUCUUUCGCUCAGGACAUGCAGCCUCAGGAGGUUCGCAUUGAGCUCCAAGCUCUCGUUUCUGACUCUACCGGUGCCCUCCACGAGGUCUUGGUCCACAAUGGCUCUGCCUCCAUCGUUGAGGCCCCCACCAGCUUCCUCGACCCCCAGAUUAUCUUCCUCUACCUCUUCCUCUCUGCUGCCUUCGCCGGCACUCUCUACUUCGUCUACAAGACCUGGAUCGAGGCCCUCUUCCCCCAGGCCAAGCGCCCCCGCACCAACAAGAAGGCCAAGAAGACCGUCGAUGUUGCCGAGCCCCUCUCCGGCUCCGAGGCUGUCCCCGUUGUCGAUGCCUCUGGCAAGGACUACGAUGAGAGCUGGAUCCCUGACCACCACAUCAACCGCCCUGUUGCCCGACGCGUCAAGUCUAGCGCUAGUGCCAAGGCCAAGCGAGUCGAAUAAGGAGAUGAAAUACCUUGUUUACACACAUUGCGCUCUAAUGUGAGUGCAUUGUGUAACGAAACCAUGUAAUUCAGUUCCAUGGGUGGGAGGCGCAAAUGUCUAGGUAGACUGGGGACGAUGGUAUCAUCAGGGACGAUCCAAUGCGUCAAAAAAAACCAGUACAUGGGCUAAACGCAUCUGUUGUAUAUUAUAUGUACUACAAGGAACAUCAAAUAAAUGAUAAUGAUGUUUUCAGUGUUUGACGAACAAGGUUUAUGUUACGGUGUUGAUAUAGCACUUUGUGUACUGCUGCAAUGUCUUGAGAAUGCAUCCUUCAUGAUCAAUUCCUCAUUGUCAUGAUGGGAUGUAUGUUAAAUCAAAAAGAUAUAAAUCGU